AUGCCUCCCGCGGCGGCUGCAGCGACUGCGCCGGCAGCCCCGCCCCGCGCGGGUCAUGUGGCUGCAGGUCACGCGGUGGCGCGCUCGGUCUGCGGGGCUGAUUCCGAGGGGCCGCGGCUCAGCGGAAGAUUCUGCCCCGCGGGCCAGGGCCGCCCACUCUUAUCUGAGUUCCGGGGCCGAGUAGUUCCGGGCCGAGUAGGCCCGGGGGGCGGCGGAGGAGAAAUGAGAACAUGCCGAACGGGCCAUCCCAAGGCAGCUGGGCGCCCAUGUCUUGCAGUUCCCCUGCCUCGGCUCGCCCCUUUCCUUUUGGGCCCCGCUGCGGCUCCAUCUUCUGAAGAGGAGCUUCCUUUUGCUACCUUCAAGCCCUGUCCACUGGUGACCUCACUCCAAUUGUCCUCGCUUCUUGAAUACCCUGCCUCAAAGAUGCCUUUUGGUAAAAAGUGCUUGCCCUUGAAAGCAAGACUUGAUGGCCUUCUAUCUCAAAAACCAUGCCAAAUUCAUGUGCAGACAUCAACAGCUAAAGCCUUGGAAUCAGGGUUCAGUGGCCUCCCAGAAGCCCUGGUGCUGUUUCUGGACCUGACUCAAGUCUGUCAAUCAGAGAGCUUCCCUGGGAAGCUGAACGAGGAGUUCAUGAUUGGAGCUAUACCAUGUAACAUGAGUGGUCAUGGUUUUCUGCCCUAUGGUUCAGAAGAGCAGAUGGAGCUGAUCUUCCAGGAGGAAGGAUGGAUGAUUCAGAACCAGCAGUUCACAUAAAAAGUAUUGCACAUGGAAAGUAUUACUGCUAUUCUGUGG